CCCUCCGCGCGGCGCGCGCGGCCCCCCUUUACCCCGGCGGCGGCCGAAAGGAGCGGCGGCGCCUCAGGGAUCGCGCCCUUCCCGUGUUUCCCGUUUCUCCCGGACCUUCAGGAAUUAAGACAAAAUGAGGACACGGAAAAAUCCCUGCCCGGGAGACAAAGUUUGGCCGGAAAAGCACAAAGCCGAGGACUCCGAGCGGGAAGCGGCGACGGCGGCUCCGGAUCCCGACGGCUCCCAAAUCAACGGGCUCUGCCCCGAGGAAUCCGCGGACGGGGAGCUCAAGGGAGACCUCAAGAAAUCCCGGAAUGGCAAAAAGCAGCGGAAAAGGAAACGCUCGCCCAAGGCCAAAAGUGGCGAUUCCAAGCUGGAAUUCCUGCUGGGAAUGUCGGCCGAGCGCGUGUGGUUCGACAAGCCCUUGUACGACCGGGCCGAGAACGUCUACCGGGAAAAACUCGUGGAUUCUUGGAGCGGGGAAGCGCCGGAGACUCGACGAAUCCCGGAGGAAUUCCCGCCGGCUCCCGAGGCCAAAUCCAGCCCGGAUGUUCCCAAGGGAAUCUGCUCCCACGGGAAUCUGGCCGCCUGUCACCACGUUGUCCGAGGGGUUUGGCUCAACAAGCCGGACUUCGACAAAGCCGAGGGAAAAUUCAUGGAGAAAUCCCAGUUUUUCCUUCCUCCCGACGUCUUGACCGUCCCGUCCCGGAAUUCCGGGCUGGGAACGCCGGACGAAGGUUACGGCACCGCCCUGCCCACUCCGGCCACGCCCGGCCUGGCUCCGGUUAUUCCCGAUUCCGGCGUUCCCGGUUUUGCGGGCUCGGAAGAGCGGCCGCCGGUGAACGGCAAACCGCAGUUUUCCAACCGGGAAGCGCUGGCGUCGGAAGUGUGGCUGGAAAAGCCCCGCUACGACGCCGCCGAGAAGAACUUCUACGAGAGGAUGUUUUCCGGGAACAUCCCGGAGAAAAUCCCGGAGAAGAACCGGAAAGCCGGGAAUCGGCCGGGAAGCGGCGCCGAGCCGGCGAUUCCCGGCGUUCCCGAGGAUAUUCCCGCCUGUUUUUUCCUGCACCGGGACAGCGAAGCCGGGUGGCUCCACAAGUCGUCCUACGACCGAGCCGAAUCCCGGUUCUUCGCCCUGGAAGCUUCCAGAGCCUCAGGGAUUCGGGAAUCACCUCUGGAAAAUCCGCCCGUCCCGGCUCCGGGAACGAAGAAAAUGGCUCUGGAUCAUUUCCUGCACGACAAGGUCUGGCUGGACAAGCACAAAUACGACGACGCCGAGCGCAGGUUCUACGAGCGCCUCAACGGCCCCCGCGGAGCCUCCACCCGCUCCCAGGAGAACGGAGCCAGCACGAUCCUGCGGGACAUCGCCAGAGCCAGGGAGAAUAUCCAGAAAUCCCUGGAAGGGCAGAAGACUCCUCCUCCUCCUCCUCCUGCUCCUGCUCCUGCUCCUCCUGCUCGGAGCCGGGACGUUCCCUGUGGCCGUGCCCGGAAGCAGCCGGGACGCUCCUCCAGCGGCAGCGCCUCCGGAGCCGCCGGCGACCAGAACGAGCUCCUGGCCCGGAUUUCCCACCUGGAAGUGGAAAACCAAAACCUCCGCAGCGUGGUCUCCGACCUGCAGAUGGCCAUCUUCAAGCUGGAGAGCCGCCUGAACGCCCUGGAAAAAUCCUCCUCCGGCUCCCACCAGCCCUCGCCCGUCCCUCCCACCCAGAAAGUGGAACCUUUCAGCGUUCCCUCCAAAAAAGUGGAGCUCCCGGCCAAGAAACCGGAGCCGGCGGCUGCCGAGGAGGAUGAGGAGGAGGACGACGACAUCGACCUUUUCGGGAGCGACGACGAAGAGGAAGACCGGGAAGCCGCCAAAGUUCGGGAAGAGCGGCUCCGGCAGUACGCGGAAAAGAAGGCCAAGAAACCGGGAAUCGUCGCCAAGUCCUCCAUCCUCCUGGAUGUGAAGCCGUGGGACGACGAGACGGACAUGGCCAAGCUGGAGGAAUGUGUCCGUUCCAUCCGCAUGGAUGGGCUGCUCUGGGGAGCUUCCAAGCUCGUCCCGGUGGGAUACGGAAUCAGGAAACUGCAGAUCCAGUGCGUGGUGGAGGACGAAAAAGUGGGAACGGACAUCCUGGAGGAGGAGAUCACCAAGUUCGAGGAUUACGUGCAGAGCGUGGACAUCGCUGCCUUCAACAAGAUUUAGAUGGAAAACUGGGAUCUUUUUCCCUCUGAAACGGGAAUAAUAAAGCUGAAGGUUGGAAGUGCA